GCUGCAGCGCUAGGGGCGGAGAGGCAGAGCACCGGGAGAGCAUCAGACGCCUAGGUCUCCCGCAUCCCUUUGCAGCAGAAGAGAGGAAGCUCGCCCCGGCCCUGCUCCCCAGCCUUCAUCAGGGUGCCCACAGAGACCGAGCACUUGUCCUCCGCCUUGGCCUCCCUUGAGCUCCCGCCUUCGGAGCACGCACCACUUCUGCUGUCCAAGAAGUGCCCCAGCCCUACGCCGGCGACCACCAUGACGGAGACCAACAACGAAUGCAGCAUCAAGGUGCUCUGCCGAUUUCGGCCCCUGAACCAGGCCGAGGUUCUGCGGGGAGACAAGUUCAUCCCCAUUUUCCAAGGGGACGACAGCGUCAUUAUUGGGGGGAAGCCAUAUGUCUUUGACCGUGUGUUCCCCCCAAACACGACUCAGGAGCAAGUUUACCAUGCGUGUGCCAUGCAGAUUGUCAAAGAUGUCCUUGCUGGCUACAACGGCACCAUAUUUGCUUAUGGACAGACAUCCUCAGGGAAAACACAUACCAUGGAGGGAAAGCUGCACGACCCCCAGCUGAUGGGAAUCAUUCCUCGAAUUGCCCGAGAUAUCUUCAACCACAUCUACUCCAUGGAUGAGAACCUUGAGUUCCACAUCAAGGUUUCUUACUUUGAGAUUUACCUGGACAAAAUCCGUGACCUUCUGGAUGUGACCAAGACAAAUCUGUCUGUGCACGAGGACAAGAAUCGGGUGCCAUUUGUCAAGGGUUGUACUGAACGCUUUGUGUCCAGUCCGGAGGAGAUUUUAGAUGUGAUUGAUGAGGGGAAAUCGAAUCGUCAUGUGGCUGUCACCAACAUGAAUGAACACAGCUCUCGCAGCCACAGCAUCUUCCUUAUCAACAUCAAGCAGGAGAACAUGGAGACUGAGCAGAAGCUCAGUGGGAAGCUGUAUUUGGUGGACCUGGCUGGGAGUGAGAAGGUCAGCAAGACCGGAGCAGAGGGAGCAGUGCUGGACGAGGCAAAGAAUAUCAACAAGUCACUGUCUGCUCUAGGGAACGUGAUCUCUGCCCUGGCUGAGGGCACCAAAAGCUAUGUUCCGUAUCGUGACAGCAAAAUGACUCGGAUUCUCCAGGACUCUCUGGGAGGAAACUGCCGCACAACUAUGUUCAUUUGCUGCUCACCAUCCAGCUACAAUGAUGCAGAGACCAAGUCCACCCUGAUGUUUGGGCAGCGGGCAAAGACCAUUAAGAACACUGCUUCAGUGAAUCUGGAAUUGACAGCUGAGCAGUGGAAGAAGAAAUAUGAGAAGGAGAAGGAGAAGACAAAGGCUCAGAGGGAAACCAUUGCAAAGCUAGAGGCUGAACUGAGCCGCUGGCGCAAUGGAGAGAACGUGCCUGAGACUGAGCGCCUGGCUGGGGAGGAUGCAGUGCUGGGAGCUGAGCUCUGCGAGGAGACUCCUCUGAACGACAACUCCUCCAUCGUGGUGCGCAUCGCACCUGAGGAACGGCAGAAAUACGAGGAGGAGAUCCGCCGCCUCUACAAGCAGCUUGAUGACAAGGACGAUGAGAUCAACCAGCAGAGCCAGCUCAUAGAGAAACUCAAGCAGCAGAUGCUGGACCAGGAAGAGCUGCUGGUGUCCACUCGAGGAGAUAACGAGAAGGUCCAGCGGGAGCUGAGCCACCUGCAGUCAGAGAAUGACGCCGCCAAGGACGAAGUGAAGGAAGUGCUGCAGGCCUUGGAGGAGCUGGCUGUGAACUACGACCAGAAGUCUCAGGAAGUGGAGGAAAAGAGCCAGCAGAACCAGCUUCUGGUGGAUGAGCUGUCUCAGAAGGUGGCCACCAUGCUGUCCCUGGAGUCUGAGUUGCAGCGGCUACAGGAGGUCAGUGGACACCAGCGAAAGCGAAUUGCUGAGGUGCUGAAUGGGCUGAUGAAGGACCUGAGUGAGUUCAGCGUCAUCGUGGGCAACGGGGAGAUUAAGCUGCCGGUGGAGAUCAGCGGGGCCAUCGAGGAGGAGUUCACUGUGGCCCGACUCUAUAUCAGCAAAAUCAAAUCAGAGGUCAAGUCUGUGGUCAAGCGGUGCCGGCAGCUGGAGAACCUCCAGGUCGAAUGUCAUCGCAAGAUGGAAGUGACUGGGCGGGAGCUCUCAUCCUGCCAGCUGCUCAUCUCUCAGCACGAGGCCAAGAUCCGCUCUCUCACAGAGUACAUGCAGAGCGUGGAGCUAAAGAAGCGGCACCUGGAAGAGUCCUAUGACUCCCUGAGUGAUGAGCUGGCCAAGCUCCAGGCCCAGGAAACUGUGCACGAAGUGGCCCUGAAGGACAAAGAGCCAGACACACAGGAUGCAGAUGAAGUGAAGAAGGCCCUGGAGCUGCAAAUGGAGAGUCACCGGGAGGCCCAUCACCGGCAGCUGGCCAGGCUUCGGGAUGAGAUCAAUGAGAAGCAGAAGACCAUUGAUGAGCUCAAAGACCUGAAUCAGAAGCUCCAGUUAGAGCUAGAGAAGCUUCAGGCAGACUACGAGAAGCUGAAGAACGAAGAACAUGAGAAGAGCACCAAACUCCAGGAGCUGACAUUUCUGUACGAGCGGCACGAGCAGUCCAAGCAGGACCUCAAGGGUCUGGAGGAGACAGUUGCCCGGGAACUCCAGACCCUCCACAACCUUCGCAAGCUGUUCGUUCAAGACGUCACGACUCGAGUCAAGAAAAGUGCAGAGAUGGAGCCCGAGGACAGUGGGGGGAUUCAUUCCCAAAAGCAGAAGAUUUCCUUUCUUGAGAACAACCUGGAACAGCUUACAAAGGUUCACAAACAGGUGGAUGACUGGGUUUCAAAGCUGGUACGUGACAAUGCAGAUUUGCGUUGUGAGCUUCCUAAAUUGGAAAAACGACUUAGGGCUACGGCUGAGAGAGUUAAGGCCCUGGAGGGUGCACUGAAGGAGGCCAAGGAGGGCGCCAUGAAGGACAAGCGCCGGUACCAGCAGGAGGUGGACCGCAUCAAGGAGGCCGUUCGGUACAAGAGCUCCGGCAAGAGGGGCCACUCUGCCCAGAUCGCCAAACCCGUCCGGCCUGGCCACUACCCAGCGUCCUCACCCACCAACCCCUAUGGCACCCGGAGUCCCGAGUGCAUCAGUUACACCAACAGCCUCUUCCAGAACUACCAGAAUCUGUACCUGCAGGCGGCGCCGGGCUCCACCUCAGAUAUGUACUUUGCAAACUCCUGUGCCAGCAGUGGAGCCAUGUCUUCUGGCGGCCCCUUGGCUUCCUACCAGAAGGCCAACAUGGACAAUGGAAAUGCCACAGAUAUCAACGACAAUAGGAGUGACCUGCCAUGCGGCUAUGAAGUUGAGGACCAGGCCAAGCUUUUCCCUCUCCACCAAGAGACGGCAGCCAGCUAAGCUCCCCCAAGGCUGCUGCGUACCUGCACUUUCAGUUUCUAAGAGGGACUGAGGCCUCUUCUCUCAGCAUGCUGCAAACCUGUGGUCUCUGAUGCUAACUCCCUUCCCAACCCUUGUUGUUCGACUGUACCAUGUUUGAUGUCUUAUCUCUUUGUACUCUGUAUCUAUAUAUCAACAGCUGCUGCUAUGUCUCUCUCUUCUGUCUCACUCUUUAAGUAUCUAAUGAUGUAUUUAGCAAUUUCUGAGCAUAGUAUACCCUCCUUAUUUGGGAAAAUACGGAGGAGGGCGAAUGUUUCUUCUUUCUCUCACAUAUGCGUCUCUCAUAUGCAUAGCAUUAGUCAUGAAGAUGAUAAAAGGAAAAAUGGAAGCUACAGAGCUGUGACCCUUCACACAUGUACACACGCACACGCACGUGCACACACACACACACACACACACACACAAAGCCUUAAGCAGGAGAAUGUCUUAGCAUCAUAAGAAGAUACAGAAAUAGAUUCUUCCUCCCUCCUCUUUCACAUAUAGCACAGGGGAGGGUAAAAUGGAGGGAUUACUAAAUGAUAUAUAGAAUUUUCUUCAUUCACCCUUCGCCCAAACUGAGGGAUUCCAGGUAUGCACCCCUGCCCUUCGAAGUCUGCCUUUGGCCUCCCUCUUCCUGUUCUCCCCUGGAUGGCCGAGAACAUGGAUUGCUCAAGGGACCACUUCCCUUUCUCCUCAAAACUCCUUUUGAUGGUCUCGACCCCAGAGCUCCUGACUAGAACCUAGAGUUGUUUUCAAAUAUUUUGAAAGAUUGAGGAGGCAGACCUUUCUGACAGUCUGACAAAUGGUCGCUCAUCUUUCCAUGGUAGCAGUUAUAGGCAAGCGUAGUCAAAUGAUUGCUUCUUCGGGUUUGAGGGUGAACAGCCUGGGGAAUUCAUAAGUAUAUUUUGCCGUGGGGAUGUGCUGGGUUCCUUUCUCUGUCCCAUAUUGGGCUGCAUUUCUCCCCAUCUCUACCUUUUGGUUUGGGGGCUUCCAGUUCAUUGGCAAAAUGUCUAUCUUGAGAUGCCUUCCUUUCAUACUGGAGCCUGCCUUUCAACCAAUAUACAUUUAAAAAAACUUUUUUUGGAUAAAGAGUUCCUUCUAUAAUGUCCCCAUCUGGUAAGUGCACUUUAAAGAAAGGGGCAGGGCAGGUUUUGUAGAAGUGGAGGAACCCCAGGGCAUGAACCGGGGGGAGUCUUUUCUCCCAAGCCCCUCAGCCUCCAUCUAAUUGAUAGGAGUAUUGUUUUGGAUACAGAUGGCCUUUUCUUCCACAUGGUGCUAAGGCGGUUUUCCAGGUAACUGCAGGGAUAGAGAAUGGUGGUCACAAGCAAGUCUAAAUCCAGAAAGCAUGGUGCCCAAUUAUUCAGUCUUACCUAGGAUGGAAGAACAGGAUCUCCUAGCAGUGGGUAACCAUCCCCUAGUUUCUAAGUCAGGAAAGAAAGCUCAGUGUGAGUGCGAGUCAGUAAAUACAGGCUGUGUUGGCCCAGGAUUCCUUCAAGGGAAGAAGUCCCUUCUCUGUUGGGCCCCUUUGACAAAUUAAGGAGGAAUACAGGGGGAAAAUGCCAGAGGGAUGUGGAACAAAUCCAAAGCAGUGAUAUUCAAACAUUUUUCAAGACAAAUCCUAUAUAGAACCCUAGUAGAAGAAAUAACUAAAAGCGAUACAGACCUGGGUGCUUUGCAUUUUCUUUGUUUGGUGGUGAAUGCUUCAUUCAUUUGUGGAGGAGUCCUUGAACAGUCCUAAGAGACCCUGAAGGUUCUGCAGAGUAGUUGGGAAACCACUGCUCUGAGGAAAGGAGUUCAGUCUGACUUCCCUGUCCCAAGCUUGCAACUCAUAGCAAGGAGGGUGAGAGUUCGUGGAUCCUAUCUCCAAGACCAAAUCAGGGAGGAUGAAGAUACCUGUGCACCUGUAGACUUGUGCUAAUAUUUGCCAGGAGGGCAUUUAAGAAUCCAGUGGGUUUUAUGUAAUCUUACCACCAAAU